AUGCUUUGGUUAGACCAGUAUCGCCCAAAAACGCUCUCAUCUUUAGAUUACCAUAAACAAUUAUCCGAGCGGUUGAUUUCUCUGGCAGCUACAAAUGAAUUCCCACAUUUAUUAAUUUACGGACCAAGCGGUGCAGGAAAAAAGACAAGGACAGUUGCUAUUCUACGUGAAUUAUACGGCGCUGGUGCCGAAAAGUUAAAAAUUGAUCAGCGGACGUUUCUAACUCCAAGUAAUCGUAAAAUCCAAAUAAAUAUUGUUUCAAGUUUGCAUCACAUAGAGAUCACGCCUAGUGAUGUUGGAAACUAUGAUCGAGUUGUCAUGCAGGAGUUGUUGAAGGACAUUGCCCAAUCUGCGCAGGUUGAUGUACAGGCUAAAAAGAGAUUUAAAGUGGUGAUCAUCAAUGUAGCCGAUGAAUUGACAAGAGAUGCGCAAGCAGCUCUUCGUCGGACUAUGGAAAAAUACUCGAAUAAUAUUCGGCUUAUUCUUGUUGCUAACUCAACUUCUAAAAUCAUUGAGCCCAUUCGCUCUCGUACAUUAAUGGUCCGUGUUGCUGCACCUUCCGAAUCGGACAUUAUGAAAGUCAUGUCCCAAAUUCUCGCUACCCAAGAAUUAGAAGCACCGGCUUCUCUUCUCGAAAAGAUAGCUAAUAACUGCAGUCGCAAUCUAAGAAAAGCUAUUUUACUGUUAGAAACCAUUCAUGCAAAGUCACCUCAUAAUCGUCAGUUAACAGACAAUGGAUCUCAAUUACCAUUGCCGGAUUGGCAAACGUUUAUAAUCCAAAUGGGGACUUCCAUGCUUCAAGAACAAUCGCCCGCUCGAAUCUUGGUAGUACGUUCCAUGUUAUAUGAUCUUCUCUCUCAUUGUAUUCCGCCAAGCAUCAUUUUCAAAGAACUCCUCGGUUUCUUUUUACUGAAAGUGGAUGCUAAAAUGCACCCGCUUCUCAUCCAGUCAGUUGCGAACUAUGAGCAUCGGGCUCGAAUGGGUAAUAAAUCCAUCUUUCAUUUGGAGGCGUUCAUUGCAUAUUUUAUGAAAACCUAUACCAUGCUGCUUUUGGGAAUGGAGCUUCCUUCUCUAUAG